AUGGACCCUCGCGGUGAAACAGGCAUCAUGCCCGGCAUUGCGGAGAAAGUCCGGCACAUGGCAGGCAUCACAAAUUGGGUGCACCCUGCAGUUGCUCUGUUGCCUCCGCCGGGCGGCGCCAGCGCAGUUUCGUUCAGGGAUGGCAGCCAGGAGGGCGGAGAUGCUGAUGUGCAGCAUCAGCGGGAGCUGAAUUUUCCAGAGCAGUCCAACCCACAUGCUCUCUCUCUUGCGGAGAUCUCUGGUCUUGCAAAGCCGAGAGCAGUUCCACCAGCCUUCGUUCCGCCAGCCCAGAACGGUGGCUACACAAGAGAUCAGCUGAAGGACUGGGGCUAUCCUGACUACGACGCGAAAUAUGAUGACCCAAGGUGGCUGUCACAGCAGUUUCGGCGUGAAACAGAUGACCCACGUGAAAACCCCAAUUUCUUCCUCACUCAAGAGGACCCAGAGUUCUGGAAUAACGCGGCUCGCAAGCCCCACAUGAAAGCGCUCAUGCAGUCCGAUGACCAUUGGAAGCUGAGAAAAAACACCUGGCUUCAGCAGUUUCAGGAGGUACAGACUACCAACCAGUUCCGGCGAGAGUUGGCGGACCGCUUGGACGAAUGCACUAUGGCCACUAGGCGUUUGGUGACACCAAUUCUUCACUACAGGGCUGUGGAGGCGUACUUGAUGCAGGUCGUGCGACAAGCUCAAGAGCGAGGCGUGCCUUUCGCGCAGUUCCUGGAGGCUCCGGAGACGCAAAGGAUGCUGUUCGAUUUCCGCAACACCAUUGAUGCGGAAGGUGAUCAGGGCGCGGAUCGGAUAUUCGAGGCCUGGCAUCAGCGGGGCAUCAAGGAAAAUGCUGCUUCCCACGAGCGCCGAAAAAUCCAGGGCCCUCAAGCAGAUUCAAGUAUGAAAGAGGUACACGAUGGGCUGAGCUUUGCCACCAAGUACCGCAAGGAUGGCGUGGUGGAAUGGGAAAGAGGCAACGCCGAGGAUGCCUUGAAGGCCUGGCGGCUUGGCUGCGAGGCCUUGGAAAGGAUCCGCGUGCCUGACACGCAUGCUUCUGAGCAGAAGUUCUUCUCGGAGGUGCGAGUGGCACUCUUGAAGAACAGGGCCCUGGCGGCGCUUAAGCUGCAUUGCUGGCAGGAGGCGCUUGAAUCCGCGGAGGAUGUGCUGAAGACGGAUGACCAGGACCACAAAGCCUGGUUCAGGAAAGCUUGCGCAUUGGAAGGUUUGGGCCGACUGCAGGAAGUGGAGAGAUGUCUGAAGAUGAUAGACAGCAUCGCAGUGGGGCGCCCUGACAGAGACCGCCUGGAACGGGAGACAUCUGCCAAGCGGGAGAAGGUGCAAGCACUUCUGAGCAGAGAUGAGGCAUCUCAGCAGCGGAUGCUGAAGUUGGGAUUGCAGAAGGGUCUGUUCAGUGAGGAGCGCUCUGUUGCACCUUCCCCGAUGAAGCCUCAACAGGCCUUGACAGAUUCCCCGGAUGUCCUGGGCCCUGCUGCAAAUGCGGUCGUGGACGAUGCGACAAGGAAGCGGCUCACGCAUGAUGGCACUGAGGAGCUCCUCAAGGAGCUUGAGCUUGCCUACUCCGAGCCCAGCUUCCGAGAGCAGGUGCGGAAGCUUGCUCGGGAUGUGAAUGACCAAGACGAGUUUGUUCGCUACCUGAACAAGGUGGCUCUGCCGGUGCAGAAGCCUGUGCUGGAGCGAUGGGGCUUUGAGGCGACGGAAGUGGGCGUCACUGAGAUGCGUAGAGCCAUUCAGGACCAUACAGUGGGUGAUGAUGCCAAGCUCAAGAGGCAGGCGCAAUCCACGACGCGUGCCCUGUAUGGGGAGCUGUACAACGCUGUCCAAGGUGGCAUGGGCUUCUGCUUUGGAGCCCUCAAUCUUGAGGAUGACCGUGCUUCCGCUAUGUGA